AUGAAGAUCAAUGCGUGGGAAUGGGACCUAUCAGAUCUAGGUGGCCAUUUGGAUCUGUCCUGGAGAGGACCUGAGGAGCAGAAGUUCAUCUGCCAUGUGGGACACCACAGGGUGAACAUCAUGUUCCCUGUCACCUCUUUUGAGGAACUAGGGGAACCCUUGGUGUUCAGGAAGCUGGAGGCAGGGUCCGGCCACUGUGCGCUGCUCACCUGCACCCUCCUCGCCCUCUUCGCCCUAGGGGCGGCUCAGGGUGGGGAAACCUGGAGCGAGUACGGGGCCACGGCGUCCGAGUGCGGGCAGCGCCUGACAGUGUCGCACACGGCGAGGACCACCUGCGACACUCCAGACUUGUGCCAGCAGCAGGCCCGGAACGUGCAGCAUUACCACAUGCGGGAGAAAGGGUGGUGCGGCGUGGGCUACAAGGGCUUCCUCUUUUUCGCUGACCAUCUACUUUACCAAGGCCGUGGCUGGGAAACCAACGGCGCCCACACAGGAGCCACCUGGAACCCCAUAUCCAUUGGCAUCAGCUUCAUGGGCAACUACAUGGGUGAAGCGGGUGCCCCGGCCCGGGCCAUCAGGGCGGCCCAGAAUCUGCUGAGCUGCGGCGUGGAGCUGGGCGCCCUGACCCGCAACUACGAGGUCAAAGGACACCGGGACGUGCAGCAGACGCUCUCCCCAGGCGACCAACUCUACGCCCUCCUCCGGAAAUGGCCGCACUACCGCGAGUGA